ACUACUAAGCAAAAAACAACAAAAACAACAACUGCAAAGUUUACGUGCGUGAAAAAUUUAGUUAAGUUUUCUAUGAAAAAACAGUAUUUCGCAACUAUACAAAGUAAUUGAAAGUGUUCUGAAUGCUACAGGAAACGGUCAGGCAAUCAAUAAUAAACGGCAGCAUUGAGCGCAGCACUGAUAAACGCAAGUGGAUCGCAAAAGUGAAAACAGUGCCAAAAAGCCAACAGUAAAAAAAUCAAAAGCAACAGCAAAACGCAAAAGCAAAAGCAAAAGAAAAAGCAGCUGCAAACGAAAAGAAAAAGCUAUACAUCCCAUAUACAUACAUACAUGCAUACAUAUGUACAUACACAAGUGGUGCUCGCGGUGCACUUGACGCCCUGUGUUCAAUAAGUUAUUUUACUUGAUUUUCCUGUAGGGUAUAGAGUUGUUGCAAUUCGGGCAGCGCAGCUUACCACGGUCAACACACCACAGUCAACACACAUAAACAAACUCACGCACACUUCGCUCCGUAUAUAAUAAUAACGUUGUGUUUAUUGCGUAGCGUAAAGAAAGAAAAACCUGCAACAACGUCGUCUUCUUCACAUACGCAAUCUGCUGCUGCUCCAACGCCGACUUCGAGACAUCGACGCAGCCUUCAACUCAAACAGCCACAUUCACGCACACACACCCAUUAACACUCGCACACACAUUCACGCAUACAUACGCAGCCGAGACGCGUCGUACACAUGUCGUACAUGAUGGCCAAGACUUUGGAGGAGCAGAGCUUGCGGGAGUGCGAACACUACAUACAAACGCAUGGCAUCCAGCGAGUACUCAAAGACUGCAUCGUCCAGCUGUGCGUCUGUCGCCCCGAGAAUCCGGUGCAAUUCCUGCGCAACUAUUUUCAGAAACUCGAAAGGGAACAAGUGAAACUGGAUGCCAGCAAACAGGUGAUCAGCCCAGACGAUUGCGAGGAUCUCAGUCCAAUGCCACAAACAGCUGCACCGCCGGUGCGCAGGCGCGGCGGCAUCUCCGCCGAACCGGUUACCGAAGAGGAUGCCGCCAACUAUGUUAAGAAAGUCGUACCCAAGGAUUACAAGACAAUGAACGCGCUGUCCAAGGCCAUAGCCAAAAAUGUGCUCUUUGCUCACUUGGAUGAGAGCGAACGCUCCGAUAUAUUCGAUGCCAUGUUUCCCGUUAAUCACACGGCUGGCGAGAAUAUCAUACAGCAGGGCGACGAAGGCGACAACUUCUAUGUCAUCGAUGUGGGCGAGGUGGACGUGUUUGUCAACUCUGAGCUGGUGACCACGAUCAGCGAGGGCGGCAGCUUUGGUGAGCUGGCUCUCAUCUAUGGCACGCCACGAGCUGCCACAGUGCGCGCCAAGAGCGAUGUCAAGCUGUGGGGCAUCGAUCGCGACUCCUACAGACGCAUUCUGAUGGGAUCGACCAUACGCAAGCGCAAGAUGUACGAGGAGUUCCUGUCACGCGUCUCCAUACUGGAGAGUCUGGACAAAUGGGAACGCCUCACCGUUGCCGAUUCGCUGGAGACGUGCUCCUUCGAGGAUGGCGAGACAAUUGUGAAGCAGGGCGCCGCUGGCGAUGACUUUUACAUCAUACUCGAAGGCUGUGCCGUGGUGCUCCAGCAGCGCUCCGAGCAGGGUGAAGAACCCGCUGAGGUGGGACGUCUGGGCUCCAGCGAUUACUUUGGUGAGAUUGCCCUGCUGUUGGAUCGACCACGCGCAGCCACCGUUGUCGCUCGUGGUCCGCUCAAGUGCGUCAAGCUGGACAGAGCGAGAUUUGAACGUGUUUUGGGUCCCUGUGCUGACAUUCUGAAGCGCAACAUUACGCAGUAUAACAGUUUCGUUUCAUUGUCCGUCUAAGACGCCGCCGCCGCAGCCACAAGCACACCACAUCAAAUAGCAACAUCAACAACAACAACAACGCAACUCGCAUGCUAACCACAACAACAACAACAUCAAAACGCUCAGAAGAAAAACAAAAAACUUAAACAUUAAACAUUUAAAUUGUAAAGAAGAAACUGAUGAAGAAGAAGCCCCAAUGGAAGAUUGAGUUGAGCUCAAUGAUCAGGAGGAAGCCGGGGGCUGUUGGAGGAUUUAGGGACGGGGAGUUAAUGGGGCGUAUUUACAAUACCAAUACCAAUACCAAUACCAAUAUGUUAAUUACGUAUAUGAAUUCUGUAUGUUGUGCUGAAGUUACAUAUGUAUUUGUGUAAUGUGUGUGUUUCUUUCUGUGUACGAGUUGUGGCAUGUUCCACAAGCAGCAGCAGCAGCAGCUACAGCACCUGCAACAUGUUGCACUUUCAAUUUGAAACGAAACUGUAUAACACUUUUUGAAUACUUUCUUUCUUUUCCAAGCGGAACAUGCUGCCAAAAGCAAAAAAUACAAAACAUAAAAAAAAAACAACAAAACAAAAAAAACAAA